AUGAGCAUAGCGCUCAUCGUGCCGAUAUCCCUUCCUUGGGAGGUUGAGGAAGAUGCUGACGAACGGCACGUUGAUCAGCGGUGGGCAAAUGCUGAUGGGCAAACCACUCUAAUAGUUGCUUUAAAGUUGUUUAGGAGAUAUGCAAACGUUCUACGGUCGCGUAGGAACGUAGUCAUAAGGUAAGUGUUACAAACAUUUUAUUUUUCCACUAUUUUUCAGUUUAUGCCAUUUCAGAAAACAACGUAAAGGUCCCAAGGUGUUCCGUCAGUGUUCCGAUGGUGUACAUUCGCUCUUGUUGUUGUUCAGAAUUUGCUCACUGAAAAAUAAUAAAGUUUUUGUAACACUUACCUUAAGACUACGUUCCUACGCGACCGUAGAACGUUUGCAUGUCUCCUAAACAACUUUAAAGCAACUAUUAGAGUGGUUUGCGCAUCAGCAGAGGAAAAACUGUAUAAAUUCGUCAAAGGACGAAACAUUUUACCCCUCGGAUGGCGACAAUCCAAUUAAUAGCGCUAGAAUCAUGUCCAGAGUGUAAAAAAAUUAAAAUAACACACAAUAUUCCACAUAAAAGCAGCAAAAUAAUCUUGAACAUUACCAAGAAAAAAUUUCUUGCGAGAAAAAAUAUUUUUCUCCUGGGACGAAAUGCCAAGAUCAAGAGAAUUUGCAGGGAAAUUCGUCGGCAUUUGAAGAUUUUUUUCGAUAUUCCGGCCCUUCUUUCUCGGCGGAUUCUGCAAAGCGCGAGCUAGGAUGUUCGCAAUCGCAUAAGAAAAUUCUAAUCUCCAUCUAUGCCAAUUUUUAUAAAAAUCUGAGCGUCGCACUUCGGGUACUUCCCUUGUAAGUUGUCCAAACCUGCGAAUUCAGCCUACCUCUUUUUUGUACCGAAAUACCUUGUUUGGCUUACCUUCUUUUUCAGAAUUUUAAUAUUCCUGUAAAGUAGUCCAGUGCAACUCUUGCCUACUUUUAUUUUCAUCAUCAUUUCCAUUGAUUCGCAUACUUUUGCUAAAUGUAUCGUCUUUCAUGUUCCGCAUACAUCUCUCUGGGUUUUUUUUUUUUGGAUUUUUGCUAAGUACCCUAAAUCUCUCAAUAGCCUACUAAGAACAUGUCAAUUCCUUCAUGUAUGCCGUCUUGUAUUCCGCAUAAAUGUGCCUCUCUCGCCUUCACUUUUAUGCCAAACAUUGAUUCGCAUAUUAAACUUUUUUCCAUUUUUUUAGGAUUUUUUUGGUAGGCGAUUGCCUUACAGGCCUACCGGUUUUUUUUCAGAAAAAUCGAUAAAAAUUUUCUGAAAAAAAAUAAGUAGGUCCGAGGGGAAAUCCAAUAAAUAGGCCAAAUUUAUUUUCGCCUACCAUCGAAUUGCAUACAUAUCUGAUAAAUAGGCGACGAAAUUUUUUUGGACCCCCCCCCCCCUGCCGCCAGAUAUAAAUCAAACUUCUUAUAUAAGCAAGCCGCUGAAUAAACAACUAAAACGUUGCCUUUAUGGGAGACCCGGUUCCAGGACGUAUAAAAUAAUUUUUGGUCGUUGAAACGGCUAGGGGAAGGGGUCACCCUCUCCCCAAAAAAAUGUUAAUUUUAAGGCAGUUUUUUCACAAGAGCUACUACGCCGUAGCAAAAGUGCGUAGACUUUUUGUCGCAAGCUUUCCGCACAAAUACAAAGCUCUCCAUUAAGGUCAGGACUAAUAAUUAAUAAGCUUUACAGGCCUCGAAGGCAAUAAAAAAUUGUUUGCGACGCGGAUUUAAAAAUGGCCCGAUCACAUGAUACACGAACAUCAAAGAGUGUACAAUUCUAUAGCGUCCAGCUACGACCACAGACUUAAAAUUCACCAAUCGCUGCACAGCGGACCCAAAUUGACUUAUAAAGACAUAUAACGACUUAUAUGAACAGAUAAUGACUUAUAAGUCAAAAUAACGUCAAAAGAGGAGGGGCUUAUUUCUCUUUACUUAUAAAAACAAAUAAGAACUUAUAAUAACAAAUAAGUUCUUUGCAAAGAAAACUUUUGAGCGCCAAAUACGCUUUUUGCUUUGUGCACGCGUGAGCUGGACUUGUGAAAUUCUAAGUUUUUUGGAACGUCGCGACGUAUUUCUACCUUGGAUCGAUCAAAGUAAGAUGCUUUUAAUCAGCCUUUUUUUGUUUUGCAAGAGUUUAGAGUGUUUAGAUGAAAAGUCCCGAACGUAAUAGCCUUCCCGUGCAGGGAGCAUGCCAGCCUGAAGAAGAUCCAUCCCAAGAAGAUGUAUAAACAUGCACGAUCAACCAACGGAUUGCUAAAGGAUCCAUUUGCUCAAUUUUGGUAGGUGUUUUUUAACUGUUUUCCACAUUUCAGAGGUCUCGAAAAAACUUCAAGACAAAGUUUUGUUAUAUUGUACUAGGUCCAGGUGAACCCGUUGGGUUUUAGAUAACUGCAAAAAUGGUCAUGGAGGAAUCCAAUGGACAAUGUAUACACGAUGAAUAGAAAGAUGACAUCCGGUAGCUUAAGGUAUGGUUGAUAACAUUCACCUGGACCUAGUACAAUAUCGCAAAUUUCAUGUCUAAAAAUUUUUCCGCCAGAAACCUUUUAGGCAGUUCAAAUUCAUCUGUUUUACUGUUAGUAUGUAACGCAUAAAAAAUUGAGUUUAAGCCGAACUCAUAUUAUAGUUUCCCGAAAAAAAACUUUUUUCUAAUAUCUCCAAAUAUUUUCAGUGAAACCAGAAGCAUUAGAAGCAAUAAUAUACAUCUACGGCCGCCUACAGAAGCGACGAACGCCCCAUCAAAAAAUCUCAGGUCCUUCGUGCAUUGA